AUUAUUACCCUGCACAUGAACCUGAGGACCCAGAGGACUGACACAAUGCCUCUCCUUGCAGUUCCGAAGCGGAUUGAUGGGCUGAGGGCCAAGGAAGUUAUGAGCAUUCUGCACGAGAAGGUUGCGUUUCUGUCUGGAGGACGUGACCAGCGGCCCGGCCCCAUCCUCACCUUCCCAGCCAGCACACGGCGGGAGCGUCUCAAGCACGAUGAUUACCGUCCCCUCCUGCAGUACCUCAUGCAGAUCCCCAGCGAUGAAGUUCGGGAAGCAGGUUUUACAGUCAUCAUAGACAUGAGAGGGUCAACAUGGAACACUGUGAAGCCCAUCUUGAAAGAGUUAGCCGAGAGCUUUACCCCUCACAUUUAUGCAGUGUACAUAGUUAAACCCGACAACUUCUGGCAGAAGCAGCGAACUAGUAUAGGCAGCCACAAGUACAAGUUUGAGACAAAUUUGAUAAGUGUAGAGACCCUAGCCAAGACCAUAGACCCCAGCCAGCUCACAAGUGACUUUGACGGGACUCUCGCCUAUGAUCACAACACCUGGAUUGAGCUUCGGCUGGCAGUGGAAGAAUUCACCUGGGAUGCCAACGAGCUGCUGGACCAGCUGGAGGAUGUCCGGGACGAGCUGCAGCAGAGUGACUUUGCUGAUGAUGUGAACGGUGCCAAGCGGGCCAUCGAGAGGCAUAAAGAGAUGCACCAGAAGGUCCCUGGCAAUGAGGUUCACAAGCUUGACCUGACAGGCCAAAUGUUACUGCAGAGGUUAAACUGUGAUGAGGGGAGCAGUGGCUAUGACUCCGGCUACUCAGGGCGGGACAGUGCAUCCAGUCUCAUCCUCAACAACCCAGACUUACAGAACAGUAUUCCCCAGAUCCUCAGUUUGAUGGAGUCACUCCACCAGGCACAGCAGCAUGUCCAGCAGCUGUGGCAGCAUAAAAAGAUGAGGCUUGACCAGUGCUUCCAGCUUAGACUCUUUGAGCAAGAUGCAGAAAAGAUGUUUGAUUGGGUGUAUCAUAAUCGUGAAGAGUUCCUAGUCAAUUAUGUAGAAAUAGGUCAUUCAUAUCAAGUAUCCAAAAGUCUUCAGGAAGCCCACUCCCAGUUCACAGUGGCUUGUCAGAAGGUGUACAUGAACAUCAACAGAAUACUGAGCGUCGCCUCAAGACUCAUGGAGACAGGUCACUAUGCGGCUCAACACAUAGGUAACGUGGCUGCCAAACUGGACCAGGUGUGGAAGGAGUUUGCAGCAGGUCUAGAUGAGCGAUCCUCAGUGUUAGCUCUGUCUGUCAUGUUCCACCAGAAAGCUGAACAGUAUAUUGAGAGUGUACCAACAUGGGUGGAGAACUGUAAGCUUGCCAGUUUACCAUCAGACAUCAUGACUCUGGAGGGAACCAUCCACCACCACCAGUCCCUCUAUGAGACCAUGUGCCAGGCAUACACUGAGGUGCACAGUACCAGCAAGAAGCUUCUCUACCAACUGGACCACUUGGUACAAAUCUGUAGCCAGCUGCGACGCGAUGGCCAGAUGCGAAGCAAGCACAAGAAGCCACGUGGAAAGCCAUCUGCGUAUUCUGUGAGUCCUGAUGGGAAGGUGGUGUACCGGGGAGGGCCGCACCAGCAGCAGCGAGGGUCAGGGAACAGUGGCAACCCCGCAGCAGACUACUCGGAGGGGGCGAGUCACGUCCUGGCGGUCAUUCAUGAAAUCCUGGGUCACCACCGAGCAGUGGAGCAGCGGUGGUCAGACAAGAAAGUAAAGCUACACCAAAGAUUGGCAUUACGACUCUUUCAGGAGGAUGUGAAGCAGGUUCUGGACUGGCUGCAGACGCACGGAGAGGUUUUCCUCCAGAAGAAUCCAGGAAUUGGCCGCAACCUUGCCAAGGCACGAAUGUAUCAGAAAAGUCAUGAACACUUUGAAAAUGUUGCUCAGAACACCUACACCAAUGCGGAGAAGCUGCUGCAGGCGGCAGAGGAGUUGGCACACACUGGGGAAUGCAAUCCAGAAGAGAUCUAUAACGUGGCACAGACCCUGGACACUCACAUUGCCAGGUUUGCUACUCGGGUGCAGAAACGGCACAGACUGCUCAACAUGGCAAUCUUGUUCUACACACAUGAGAAGGAGCUGUUGUCUUGGCUGGAAGAAUUGAUCUCAGAAUUGGAGAGUGAUGAAAGGAUAGAUGAAAACUGUGAUUCUGUUGAGGCAGCAGAGAGACUCCUUGCUCAGAUGACUUCUCAGAGGGACUCCACACUGGAUGCCUGUGUGUCCACCACUCACGAGGGGGAGGGUCUUCUCAAUGAGCUGAGGUCAGUCAAUGUGACAUCAGAUGCUGGCUGCAGCUCCAUAGAGGGUGUGGAGGAGGCCCUGGAAAGGUUGGUCAAGAAACGAGAUGAAUUGGAGAAUCUUUGGGCCACUAGAAAGCUGCGUCUUGAUCUCCUCCUGCGACUGAGACUGUUUCAGAGAGACUCAGUUGAAAAGUUGACUCAGCUUGACAUGUGGGCCGAGGAACUUCAGAACACGGACUUUGCGCGGGACAUUGCAGAUGCUGAGAGAAUGCUGGUGCUUCACAACGACUCUGCCUCACACAUGCAGAACACCACGUACCAGGUGCUGCAGAAUGGGCAGGAACUCCUCCAGCUGCUGGAGACCUCAGGGAUCCAGAUCCGUGCUGAUGAGGAGUCGGACUCCGUGAGUAAGGUGUCCAUGAUCCUUGAGUGCAUUCAUGAGCGUCUGAUGGACAUCGAAGUUCUUGUGGACAUGAAGAGAGUCAAGCUAGAGCAGUGUGUUCAUCUUCUACAGUUUGAAAGUGAAGCCAACCAGGUGAUAAGUUGGAUACGUAAUGGUGAGCAAGUGCUGGCUGGGAGCUUUACUAUCCCAAGCUCUCGGGCUGAUUCAAACGCUCUGUCACACGAACAUGAGCAGUUCCAGGUUGCCAUAGAAAAAACUCAAGCAGCUGUGGUUCAAAUACGUGAUAGAUCCUCUGCCUUGCUGAUGGCCAAGCACUACAGCCCAGAGCAGGUGAUGGAGAUAGAGUCCAAUGUCACCAAGAAGUGGGAGAAGCUGGUCACUUGUGCAGAGGACAGGUACAAGCUGGUCCAGGCGUCUAUCACCUUCUACAAGACGGUAGACCAGGUGUGCUCCGUGCUGGAGAGUCUAGAGCGUGAGUACCAGUGGGAUGAGGACUGGUGCCAGAAGGAGGCUGCAUCUAGUCAGGGAGAUCAACAGCAGUCUCAGCAGCAGAAUAAGGCUGACCAGCAACAGAAAUCAGACCAACAACAGCAACAGCAACAGCAGCAACAGUCUUCAGGCCAAGGCAGCCAGGCUGGGCCAGACAAAGCAGCUUCCAUCUCCUUCCUGAUCAAUAGGCACCAGGAGCAGAAGGAAGCCUUCUUAAAGGCGUGCACGCUGGCCAGACGCACGGCUGAGACUUUCCUUAAAUAUUCCAAUCGAUCUCAGAACUAUUACAGCAUGAAAGCUGACCAUGGUUCCCGGGGACCCGAAGCCAAGGUGAGGAGCAUUUUAGACAAUCUUAUGGCCCAGGAGAACAAAGUCUUGGACUACUGGACUCGGAAGAAGAACAAACUGGACCAGUGUCAACAGUAUAUUCUGUUUGAGGCGUCAGCCAAGCAAGCUCUGGACUGGAUAAAGGAGACAGGUGAACUGUACCUGUCCACACACACCAACUUGGGUGACACCCGGGAGGAGACUGAGCGGCUCUUGAGGGAGCACAACGAGUUUAAGGGAACAGCCAAGGACACACGGGACAGGGUGAAGAUGCUGCUCCUGAUGGCAGACUCAUUGGUGGAGAAGGGCCAGGCCCAUGCCUCUGCCAUCAAGGACUGGGUGGCCAGGGUGGACAAAACCUACAAGAACUUCUCUGGCCAAAUGGACCACUACCGCAUGCAGCUUGAGAGUCGACUGGGUAUCCAGAGUGAGGACAGCAAGGUCUUCCUUUCUCUGGACCGCCACAGUGAUCCUUCACUGGAGAACAAGGUGGGGGCCGUGGUCACCGUUGCUCAGGUGGCCAACAAGGAAGUGAGUGAAGAGCGGCGCAAGUCUGCACGUAAGAAGGAGCUGAUCAUGAGGGAGCUGCUGAACACAGAGCGUGUGUAUGUCAAGGACUUGGAGGUGUGCAUCAAGACCUACUUGCACGAGACCCGCCUGCCCACUGCCCCUCCUGCCCUGCAGGGCAAGGAUGGGAUCAUCUUCUGCAACAUGGAAGAGAUCUUGCAGUUUCACAAGAACACUUUCUUACAAGAGAUAGAAAAGUACCAGUGCAUGCCUGAGGAUGUGGGUCACUGCUUUGUUACCUGGGCUGCCAAGUUUGAUGUGUAUGUCAAGUACUGUAAGGCUCAGCCAGAGUCUAAUCGCCUAUUGGUGAGCCAAGCCGGAGCCUUCUAUGAGGAGGUGCAGCGUAAGCAUGGCGUGGAGCACCCCAUCCCUGCCUACCUCAUUAAGCCUGUGCAGAGGAUCACAAAGUACCAGCUGCUGCUCAAGGAGCUGCUGUCCUGCUGUGAGGAUGAGAACCAAGGUGAAAUCAAGGAUGGCCUUGAGGUGAUGCAGAAUGUCCCCAAGAAGGCCAAUGAUGCCCUCCACCUCUCCAUGCUGGAUGGCUGUGAUGUGCCUCCUGACUCUCUGGGGGAGGUCAUCUUGCAGGACAGCUUUCAGGUUUGGGAUCAGCGGCAGUUGAUCAGAAAAGUGCGUGAUCGCCACAUUUUUCUGUUUGAUUUGUACCUUGUGUUCUGCAAGGAGGUGCGUGAUCCCAGUGGAAACAAAACCAAAUAUGCCUACAAGCACCGCCUUGUCACCUCAGAGCUUUCUGUCACAGAACACACUGAAGGAGAUGAGUGUAAAUUUGCUGUCGGGACUGCAAGAACUGGAGUUAGUGAUGGCAAGAUGAUCCUUCGGGCUAACACCUUGGAGAGCAAGCAAAUGUGGGUGAGGAAGCUCAGGGAGGUAAUCCAGGAGACAUACUUCAGCUCUGCACUCCCUCUCACCAUGGUGAAGUCUCCUGCCAAGACACCCAAGCAGAACCGUGCCAGUCGAGACUUGGAGGAAUCUAUAGAUGAGAAUGCUGAGAAUACAGACCGCAACUCCCUGGCCUCCUACUCCUCCUCUAACACAGACUCCGACAAGGGAGGCGGCGAGGUCACAUGGGUGCUGGAGGACUGGACAGGCACGGGGGCAGGGGAGCUGACAGUCACCCGUGGGCAGCAGGUGGAGGUGCUGGACCAGCCCCCCACCCACAGCCCUGCCCGUGACCCGUCUGAGUGGGCGUACGUGCGGCUGUCCCACGCCCACGACCAGGAGGGCCAUGUCCCGCUCAGCCUACUCCGCCAGCCGCCCAAACAGCAGCGCUCUGACCUCGAUCUGUCAGAGGGCGUGGCGGGGAGCGGCGGGGAGGGCCCUGGAGGCACCGCUCCUGCUGGCGGCGGAUCCUCCCCCGUCACUAAACGCAAGGGCUUCUCCAGUCGAAAAUGGUUACCUCCGCCCUUACGGAAGCUGAGCCAAGGGCGUGUGGACCGCGUGACGUCGCCCUCGGCCACCUCGCCCGCGACUGAUACUGCCCACCCCAAGGAGCAGCACGCCCACAAGCAGAUCAGGAAGGCUUACUCGGAACGGCGGUUUAAGGUCGGCAGUGCUGGCGACAUGGGGAACAAGCCAGGUACUCAGAGCCAGUCGGAGGAGGAAACAGAGGUGGUCCCAGCAGCUCGUGUACCCCCUCUCACUUCACAUCCAGACAGUGCAUCCGGCCCAAGUCGCUCCCUCUCAGUGGAGAAUGGGGAGGAGGGAGAGCUGGAGAUGGAGCUACCACCUCCCAUGAAGGUGUUGGAGCAGCCCAUGUCUGCAGCGGCGGCUCAGGGUGGCCAGGGCACCGCCGCUGCUGCCUCUGGGCCACCCAUGCCUCCCCUUGACAACAUUCUCACAGACGUCCCCACCAGAUCAACCAGUGUCGCCUUGAAGACAGCUGAAGGAACUACCACAGACCUUGCAACAGAAAUAGAAAACAUUGUCAAGGAAAAGAUGGAACAACACUCAGAAACCAGUGAGCUCCUGAAGGAGUGGCGGAGUUCUGGUGACGGGUGUUCUGGGGACGAGGCCUCAUCCCCCGUGCCGUUGACCUCACAGCUGUCAGAUGAUGCAGAUCUGGGGGCAUCAGCCCUACCUCACUCACUCCUUGUACAAGAUACUAGUCCAGGGGAUUGUGAUAUGACCAAGGAGCAAAGAGAACUUCACAAGCGGCAGUUUGUUGUGGCAGAGCUGGUGGAGACAGAGCGCCUCUAUGUUAGGGAUUUGGCAGAUGUGGUGGAGGGCUACAUAGCAGAGAUGCGAAACCCAGAUUCUGAGAACAAGAUGCCAGAAGAUCUCAAGGAUGGAAAAGACAAGAUGGUGUUUGGAAACUUGGAGGCUAUUUAUGAAUGGCACAGAGAUUUCUUCAUGAAAAACAUCGAACGAUGCUUAGAGCAUCCAGAAGAAAUCGGGCCGGUGUUCCAGCGCAGUGAAAAGAGGCUACAGAUUUAUGUCAAAUACUGCCAAAACAAACCCACCUCAGAGUACAUUGUCUCAGAGUACUCCAACUAUUUUGAGGAGAUCAGGCAGAAGCUGGGCCACAAGCUGCAGCUGCCAGACUUGCUGAUCAAGCCUGUGCAGCGAUUGAUGAAGUAUCAGCUGCUCCUGCGGGAUAUCCACAAGCAUACUGAGCGGGCUGGGCUGACACAGGAGGCUGAGAGCAUUAAGAGAGCCCUCAACAUCAUGAUUGUUGUACCCAAGGCAGCCAACGACAUGAUGAAUGUUGGGAGAUUACAAGGGUUUGAUGGCAAGAUCAUGUCACAGGGAAAGCUGCUGCUUUACGGGCCGCUGGUCUGCUGUGAGGGCACCUCUGCUCACAAUUUCCGUGGAAAAGAUUUGAUGGUGUUCCUCUUUGAGCAGUCUAUCAUAUUCUCUGAGAGUGGCCGGAAGAAAAAUCAGUUUUCCAACCCUGUUUAUCAAUAUAAGAGUCAUCUACAGGUUAACAAAAUGAGCUUAACUGAAAAGGUAGAAGAUGGGGAUCCAUUAAAAUUCCUCCUGAAAUCCACUGAUCCCCACAAGCCCCACCUUGCCUUCAUCUGUCAAGGGGCUUCAGAGGAUGACAGGAACCAGUGGGUCUCACAGAUUCGCCACUUACUGCAGACCCAAAAAGACUUUCUCAAGGCUAUUCAGUAUCCAAUAGCUUACCAAAAGGAGCAGACCAAGAAUGUGGUGGACACUUCGGGCCGAGGCACUACCUGGAACUCCUCUCUCCGCAAGACCCUCAGCCAGCCUCCCAUCCACCACUGUGCUCCCACCACCAAGAAGAAAGCCAAUACCAUCGAUAUUCCUGCCAGCUCUUCAGCCUCUAAUACAAGUGCAAGCAGCAGACCUCCCCCACCCCCGCCAGCACCUCCUGCCCCAAGCAAUGCCACUGGGAUACCCUCAUACAUACCCAUCAAGAAGGACAGCUCUCUAGACAAGCUUGAAGCUCCCUCUAGUCCACCAAAACUAAAGAAAAAUUUUUUUGAUGGCUUCCGAAAUACAUUGCGUCCCAGGUUGAAACUGGGACAAGACGAGGGUGGAGAAGGGACAGAGAGCUUCCCAACGUCCCCAAGACAGGAGAGCAAAGACGACAGUUACCACAGGCGGUGGUCUGAGUCUGGCUCCCCCACCAAGGUGGGUGAGUGGAAUGUGGCUCUCCCUGCUGGCACACUAGUCAAGGUGUUGGCAGAUUACAGUGCUGUGAAGGAGGACGAAAUAUCAGUAUCUCGAGGGGAGACCAUCCAGGUUAUAUCAUCCAAUGCCUUGAGAGGAUACUUGGUGCACCGUGCAGCUACAUCCAGCAGUCCAGCGGCUGAGGGCUGGGUGCCUUCCAGUGUCAUCCUCCCUUCUGCCAAUCCUGAGAACAUUAUCAGCCCACCCACCUCCCCUCUGAGCACAGUCCCACCAUUUGAAUCUCAGAUGAAGAAGCCUUGGAUGAAGUUCCGCAAGCCAUCCUUCUCCAAGCGGGAUCAGCAGCAGCGCCAAAACUCUCAGAAAAGGGAAGAUCCCGUGCCUGAAUUACCACCAGUCCGCUCAGCUUCCCAUAUACCCAGCAGGCAGAUGACAGUCUCCCUCAUCAACCCAUACCAUUCAGAUGGUGAGAACUACUAUGCCCAACACACAGAGAAAACUCCCAGUGGGUGUGUUCCAGCUUCCCCAGAGUCUCCAGUCAGAAUAAUAACGCCAAUGCGAAAUGUCACUGUGUGUCCAGGAGAGCCAGCGGAGAUGGUGUGUGUGAUAUCUGUAGCUGGGUUGUGGCUGGAGUCCACCAUGGUCACUUGGUCAGGCCCCCAUGGCCAGUUGACUGACCCGCGCUUUGAGAUGGAGCAGCACCGUGACGGCACCCUGAGGCUGCACCUGGGAAGCUGUCGUGUCACUGAUGCAGGCGAAUACACUUGCACCAUCUCCUGUGCCGGCCAUUCCAUCGCCUGCUCGGCACGCAUCAAUUUGGCCCACGAUGUAAUAGAAGAGGAAGACGAGACUGCCGUGAAAAGUGAGGUGAAAGAGGCGUGUGGCGCGGAGGCUGGCGGCGAGGCGGGGGAGGAGGAGCUACAGCAGGAGGAAGAUGGAGAGGCUUCAAGGACUUCAGAUCAGAUUACUUGGCUGUCGGGAUUUCAGAGGAAAUACUCAGUUAUGCACGACCUUGGGAAGGGAAGAUUUAGCGUGGUGAAACGGUGUCAGAGGAACAGUGACGGGGUGGAGGUGGCUGUGAAGUUCGUGCGGCGCGCGAGGCAGGAGCGUCCAGCCACCGAGCGAGAAUAUCUCCUGCUCCGCCGCCUGCAGCAUCCUUCCCUCAUCCGAUCCAUCGCCCUGUACAAUGCUACCCCUAAGUUUGACAUUCUCGUCUUGGAACUGAUAAUGGGUCUUCCUCUUUUGGAUUGGAUUUUUACACGGGAGGAAACAACAGAGUCAGAAUGUGCUGUGCUCGUGAAGCAGGUAGUGCAAGGCCUGCAGUACCUCCACUCCUCUCAGGUCGCCUACCUCGACCUCAAGCCUGAAAAUCUCUUAGUUGACAUCCUAAGAACAAAGAAUGAAGAUGGUGUGUGCAGCAUAUGCCCAGAUGAGAACCUGCCAGCUGUCCGUCUCAUUGACUUUGGCAAUGCAAGAAGCGUGUGUGAGAAAACCCCUAGUGAAAAAAGUGGUCCAGUGACUCCUGUUAGAGAACUGGUAGUCCCACCAGAGUGUCCACCUUUAGUUCUUGGAUCCCCUGAAUUCAUGUCUCCAGAGAUCCUGGCAAGAAAGGAUGUUGGGAUUCCAGCUGAUUAUUGGGGUCUUGGAGUCCUCAUCUAUGUUCUUGUGAGUGGUCGAUCUCCCUUUCUUGGUGCAUCACCUGAGGCCACUUGCAGAAACAUCCUGGCUGGUGAUCUGAGGUUCCCUGUGGAAUACUUUGCAUCAGUGACCCAGGAAGCUUGUGACUUGAUUCACGAUUUGCUGGCCUACAAGCCUGAGGACCGGAUGGAGUUGCAGGGCACCCUUAGUCAUCAGUGGUUUAGUAUGGAGGAGUGUGAAAGUGUUCUCCCUAUCCAGUCUCUUGCUGAUUACUCCUUCAGGAGGUCUAAGGUGGCAUCAUCAGUGCAGAUUAUAACACCACAGAUUACAUCAAAUUGAAAGUUAAUUUUUUCCUUUAUGAGAAGAAAGGUUGCUUGAACAUAAUUCUUCCUAAGGCAGCUACAGGAAGGGGCAAACAUUUAUAAUCUCCCUUAGGAUCCAUGCUUGUGGCCUAGCCAUGUCACUUAACUCCAUCAUUGCUUCUGGUACUCAAGGGAAAAAGUUCCUCAGCUUUGCUAAAAGCUUCACAAGGAAGGUUAUUCCUUAGCUCUUAUAAAAAAAAUAAUAUUUAAGUAUUUAUUAUAAUAAUUUACUGUUUCUCCUUAGGUAGAUAUGUAAAUGAAAUUGGGAUCUCAAUUAUGUAUUUAAUAGCAAUUUACAUGUAUGACUGCAGCUUCUUAUAAGUGACACUUUUUCUUUCCGAUUCUUAAUCACCACAACUUUUAUCCUAUAUUUGGAGCUUUUCACAAAAUUUUGAAAUGCAGAUGGGUCAGAAAGGUUAUGACAGUGAACAUGAAUAAAGUUUUUCUUUCUUUGAUUGGUAUAGAAGUGCCUGCACAGUUUUUAUUACAUCAUGAAGAAAUGAGAAAUAAUAAGAAAGAAUAAUACAAGGGUCACUAAUAAAAUGCUGUAUUCCCCUACACUCAUACUCAAAUGAAUGGAACAUUCUUGUAGAUGGUAAAAGAAAAUUAUAUUAAUUUAUGUUGCCAAUGCAGCAAUUAUUUAAUAAAAUUAUAUAAUAUUUUCAUGAUUGGUGAUUGUAUAUUAUUAUUUUAUAUGCUUGACAACACUAGUCAUAUAAAAAUAUAUAAGAAACUAACAAAACUAAAAUAUUUUAUUACAGAUGGGUGUUUGUAUUCCACUAGCCAGAAGUUGGGGUUUUUGAAGAUUAGUAUGUGUAGAGGUGUUUUAGAGUUUCAGUGAAUGCACUGUAUUUUAUCUAGAUUAUUAAUAUAUUUUGUAACGAAUUGCAUAAUUAUAAGUUUUCCAGGAACCAAACUCAGUCAUUGCCUGCAUGUCACAGCAACUUGCUGGAAUGAUACACGAUAAAUUAAUAACUUGGUAAGUAUUGACAUGAUUCUAUAUAGUACAGUCUUUCAGGCAGUUGCUAUGGCAGUCUUAAAUACUUUAUAUUUGAGAUUUUUUUGUUUUGAGACUACAUGAAAUAGGAAUAACAGAGAGCAAUUUGUGGGAGAAAAUACAAGAUUGACUUACAAAAAUCUAAAUGCUUACUAAAUUGUCAAGAAUUGCCAAGCUAUAGCUCUUGCAUAAUGGAAAUACCUUAAAUAUGGGCUUUAAUUUCCCUUCACAUUCCUUGUCUUUCCUAUACACACUAACACCAACAUUUGUAUGUACCUGUGCAUAAUCAUAUGUAAAUUUUUAGUGCUUGUAUAUAGUGCGACCUCCCUGUGGCUGGGGGACAGUCUUGCUGCUCUGCCUGCCGCUGUGUAGGAAGAAUACUGUUACCUUAUUCCCUGUGUGUCAUGAAAGUAGGACAGAGUGAGGGGACAUGAGACCCCUUGUCUGUAUUUUUUACCCUGCAGUGGGACAACGCAAGGUAUCCUGCCUAUGUUAAUACCAUUUGGAAAUAUCAGCCUGGUAUAUAGAUAAAGUGUGAUGGCAUCCUUACACUUGAAUCUUUUAUUAUUAAAUAAAUAUAAAUCAUGAGCUUUUAAGGUAGUAUAGUGUGAUUUAAUGUAUAAGUUGUAAUUCCUAGAAUAACUGUAAAGUUCAAGUUGUGAGACUUAGAGAAGUGAGAAAGCUAGUUCAUAUAAAAAGAAAACUUUUUUGCACAAGAGAAUGUUAUGAUGAAGGAAAAAACAAUGUAUUACAAAAAAUAAAGAGAAUAUGCACAAA